AUGGGCCAAUAUUUUCGCCUUAUAGCACCUCGCCGUCGCGAGGUACUCUCCUGGCAUGGCAAGCUUGGUGAAAUCCUUUUUGAUGGCUCCGCGUCUGAGCUUGUUACCCUCUUUGCUAGACCGGUAUUACCUUUGAAUGACACGGAAGAAGAGCCCGAAAAUAAAGCCGUUGCUGUUCAGGGGGCGGUUGUUCCGCAAAAACGACGACGAGAGUCAGGCAGCGAGCCAUCUCAUUCCCAAGAAUAUCAACAAGAAAAAGCUGCUCGCUGUCGGCUCCUUGAAGUUCCUGCUGAGAUCAAGUACAUUAUCUUCGACUUUUUGAACAUUCAGGACGUCUUUCUCUUAGGCAUUACCUGCAAGCAACUUUGGGCAAUGACGAAACCAAUAUUUCAACGCCACUUUGCAGCAUACUUGGGUACUUGGGCUGGGACACCCAUCGUUUGUGCUGGUGACGAAACUGAUCGUGGUAGAGAUGCUGCUUACCCUCACGGACUACUGUCCAAGGAUGAUCUUGAUGAACUCCAUGAAGGGCUAGACGUAGAAGAAUUAGAGCAUGAUUUGGAAGAAUACGCCGAGAAGCCUGUCAAUCUGUUCUCAAUAGCUCAUGCUCGAUACGAUUUCACUGAGGGGUACAUUUCUUUUCCCCAGGACUUGCUGGGAAUUGCUCUUGACUGCAAACGCCCUUACCCGGAGGACAGACUUCGAGUAGCAAACCCGCGCCCUUCUUCUUUCUACCCACCCGACCAGGAAUGGGUUCUUAGAAAUCUGACAACCCAAGAAUUCGUUCGUCCCACGGCUAUUGCUUUGAAUGAGAAAUACAUUUCUGGUCCGUACAUCCGUUUACUAGGCUAUGGCGAAGUUAUCCUUUCAAGGAUCUGCUGGUCCACGAGUGAUUCUACGUCGAUGUGCUGGGAGGGAAUCCAUCAAGGAGUGUGGGCCGGACAUGCUCUGGAUAUUGUCCCCUCUACCUACCUGGAUCGUGGGGGCCCGUGGAAAGAUAUUAGCGAUGAUGUUGCGAUGGAUAUCGCAGAGAUUUGGAAAAGUGAAUAUGGCGAUGACUGGAGAAAUAUCUUAAGCAAAAAUUAG